AUGGCGCAGCAAGCAACCGCACGUAUUUUGAUUUAUUCCGCCACUCGCGGCUAUCGUCAUGACUCUAUCCCCGCGUCCAUCGAGGCACUGAAAGCCCAAGCAUCAUCAAUCAACGUCCAUUUUGAUGCUACAGAAGAUCAUACCUGGUUCACCGACGAUCGACUGAACGGAUACGAUGCUGUCUUAUUUUUGCAGAACUCCGGCGAAGUCUUGGAAGCGGACGGCAAAGCUGCAUUCCAGAAGUUCUUGAAUUCGGGAGGAAACUAUAUCGGAGUGCAUUGCGCCUCAGCAUGCCUAUACGAGGACGAAUUCUACAAGAAGGAAGUAGGCGCUCUCUUUGACUACCAUCCCGAUAUUUGCACUGCUGUGUUCGAUGUUGUUGGUCCGCCUCACCCAAGCACAAGCAUGCUGCCUUCGCGAUGGGAGCUCUAUGAUGAAGUCUAUAACUUCAUGUCAGAUCCUCGAGAUGUCGGUGCUACGGUAGUACUCGCCGUAGACGAAUCGACUUACUCAGAUCCCGGAGAGCGAAAGUAUGACCACGGAACUCCUCAUCCAGUUGCGUGGUUCCAGGAACGGGGAGCAGGUGUACAGCCUGGGAACGUUGCUGGACGCAGCUUCUACACCAGCCUUGGACACUGCAUAGAGACAUGGCAGAAUGAACUGUUCCUGGCACAUGUCAUGUCCGGAAUCCAAUGGGCCAUACAGUCCGGAACAACCAAGGCUUUCAACCCGAACGCGCUCGUAGGAAAUUCCGCAGCUUGA